AUGGGAAACUGUUGCAAACCAGCAUCGUCUAUGGAAUGGGGUGGAGAGGAUUGGGAAUCUUUGAGGGAGUUUGACGAAGCUUCUCAUAUUGAUCACCGUCGGAAUAAGAAGAAUGACAUAUUAGGAAAGCUUAGAACUUCUUCUGAUAGCAAUGGGAAAAUCACGUUAAAGAUUUCAAAGAGCGAGCUAGCUGAACUAUUAGGAGCUCUACAACAGAAUAAUAAUAGUCAACAGCCACAGAAGCAGAUGAACAAGAAGAAGGAGGAAGUAGGUUCUGCAGAACAAGUUCUUUAUCGGUUAAUAAAAGCUAGAGAUCAUGAAAUUGAAAGAAAUCAUGAUUUGAGUAGUCACUGGAAACCGGUUUUAGAGACUAUUCCUGAAUGUUAA